AUGCUCUCCGCAUUCACAGCUCGGCCUCUCGUCGAGCUCAAACAACGAGACAAGUCGCGAAUCGAAUCGGUCCUUGCAUACGGCGACAAAGUUCUCGUCGGACUGAACAACGGAAGCUUACGAAUCUACCGAGUCAACGAAGUUGAGCACGAUACGCCGCACCAGGCUACCGAGAAUAACAACCGCCAUGACGAUGGUGACGCUGGAGGACGGCCCAUAACGCAGAACGGGGAUAGCGGCGAUCACAACAAUGCAGCGGCAAAAACAAUAGUGAAGCAGACAGACUUAUUACGUGAACUAGAGAAGUUCUCGCGUUAUAAAAUCGAGCAGCUGGCGUUGAUCAAGGAGGCAAAGCUCCUUGUCUCCUUAUCCGGCGGAUACGUCUCCAUUCAUGACUUGCAAACCUACGAACUCCAGGAGCAACUUACGCGGACAAAGGGGGCUACGAAUUUUGCCGUGACGUCGAAUAUUGUUAAUGAUCCCGAAACCGGUGUGCCAUCGAUCGUGUCCCGCCUUGCGGUCGCCGUGAAGAGGAAGAUACUCCUGUGGUCCUGGCGGGAUAUGGAGUUGGAGAAUGAUACGGCCGAGUUGACGCUUGUGAGUGGUAUAAAGACCCUUACUUGGGUUUCUGGGACGAGGCUGGUGGCUGGGCUGGGCUCGAACUUUGUCCUGGUGGACAUUGAGACGAAAACGGUCACUGAUUUAGUCGGUCCGGGAAGCAUCGGAGGCCUUGGAGGGCAGGAAACCGGCCGUCUAGCGGGCGUUGGUGUUGCCAGCAUGAGCUACAUUGGGAUUGGCGGUGCGGCCCCGAAGCCACUGGCUGCCCGGCUCAGCGAAGGACAGGUCUUGUUGGCCAAGGAUAUCAAUACGCAAUUUAUCGAUGUCGAAGGGAACUCGCUGGGGCGGCGGCAGAUCCCAUGGAGCAGUGCGCCUGCAGAUAUAGGAUACUCAUAUCCAUUUUUGCUGGCGCUGCACGAGUCCUCGAAGGGGAUCUUGGAAGUCCGAAAUCCAGAAACGUUGUCGUUGCUUCAGUCUAUCUCACUACCGUCCGCAAAUACGAUGCACAUCGGUCAGCCUACGAUAAGCUUAGCCCAUGCCGGCAAGGGGUUCUUGGUGGCAAGUGACCGAACUGUAUGGAGAAUGGAAGCGUUGGAUUAUGACAGCCAGAUCGACUCUCUCGUAGAGAAGGGUUAUCUUGAUGAGGCCAUCAGUCUCGCUACCAUGCUCGAAGAUGCACUCCUCAGAGACAAAGAAGGUCGAAUACGCGCGAUUAAACUCGAAAAGGCGCAGGGUCUAUUUAGUCUACAGAAAUACCGACAGUCCCUCGAGCUCUUUACUGACGUCUCUGCGCCUCCGGAGACGGUUAUACGGCUCUACCCUAAGAUUAUCGCCGGUGAUUUGACAUCUGUCAACGAAGAGGAAGAUGAACUGGAAGAGAGCACAACAGAAAGCCAACCGAAACCACAAGAUGGUCAAACCCAGGUCGACGGAAAUCAUUCCGAGGAAGCACCCCCCGUCAAAGCCUUGAACCAUACUCCGUCAAUGAUGUCCUUCCUUCGAACGCGCGAUGAAGGAAGCGGCAGUGACUCGGGCAGCAUCCGUGGAAAGCCAGCAGAAGAGCUACGCCCAUGCAAACCUCUUACUGGGAAAGAUCUUAAGCUUGCUGUUCGCGAGCUGCAGGCGUACCUCGCUGAUGUCCGUCGCAGAUUCCAACGAUUCUUGAAUCCCGACGGCUCUCUCAAAGUAGCUGACCCGCCGACCAAUGCAGCAAACGACGAGUACACCGUUUCCGUGAUGAAGCUUCUCGACCUAACGACAGACAGUGAAGAGGACUUUGGCGAGAAACUGCGCGAGAAGGCAAAGCUCGUCGAUACAACCCUUUUCAGAUCUCACAUGUAUGCCACGCCUUCUCUGGCAGGGUCCCUCUUCCGCAUAGCCAACUUUUGCGACCCUGAAGUCGUAAUGGAGAAGCUUGAAGAAACCGGCCGACACAACGAUCUCAUCGACUUUUUAUACGGCAAGAGGAUGCAUCGUCAAGCUCUUGAGCUCCUCAAAAAGUUUGGUCAAUCUGACUCUGAGAAAGAAACGGCACCACAACUGCACGGCCCUCAGAGAAUGAUUGCUUAUCUGCAGCAUCUACCUCCAGAUCAGAUAGAUCUUAUUCUAGAGUUUGCAGAAUGGCCCGUCCAUGCGGAGCCCGAAUUAGGCAUGGAAAUCUUCCUUGCAGACACUGAGAAUGCGGAAACGCUACCCCGAGAUAAAGUGCUUGAGUUCCUGCAGAAAAUUGAUGUCAAACUGGCUGUUCGAUAUCUCGAACAUGUUACUGGAGAGCUGAAUGACUUGACACCCGAUUUGCACCAGAGGCUUGUUAGUCUCUACUUGGACCGCUUGCAGAAACGCAAAAGCGAUGAGAAUGAGUUUCCUAGUGAAGAAGACUACCUGGAGUGGGCAGAGAAGUUCAUCAACAUGUUACAGUCUAGCGACCAGUACUCGCCUUCGAAGAUUUUGGGGCGCCUGGAUCGUGAGGACCCGGAAUUUUUCGAAGCCCGUGCAAUCCUAUUUAGCAAGAUGGGGCAGCAUAGACAAGCUUUGGAGAUCUACGUUUUCAAGAUUGAAGAUUAUGACAAGGCCGAAGAAUACUGCAAUCAUCUUCACCGGACAGAAGAUACGCCCACACCUAGCCGCCCAGCAGCGGAGUAUUCAGCGCUUGCUCCAUCGGAUGAAGAGCCCUCGAUAUACUUGACCUUGCUGUCCCUGUACCUAACCCCACCACACGGGCACAAACCACGGUACGGUCCUGCCCUUGACAUUCUAGCCAAGCAUGGAUCCCGACUGCCCGCCAACUCUGCGUUAGACUUAAUCCCUGAAUCCCUCCCUGUCAAGGAACUCGAGUUCUACUUCAAGGGCCGCAUGCGCGUGGCAAACACAAUCCUGAACGAGAGCAGAAUUACUGCAAACCUCCUCAAAGUUCAGAACAUCAAGACACGUGCGCAGCUGCUGGUCGGCGAGGGAACGGAUGGGAAGUCAUCGAGAUCGAGGCAUGUCACAGUCACCGAAGAACGGGUCUGUGGUGUCUGUUACAAGAGAAUUGGCGGGAGUGUGAUUAAUGUGUUCCCUGAUAAUACUGUUGUACAUCUAGGCUGUGCCAGCCGCAUGCCCUCUUCGUAA